AUGUCAGAACUACCGGAUAUUUCCCAUGUUGCCGGGGUUGUUGUUUCCUUCUUGAAAGGCGAGGGCUUCCUAGGUGAAGGCUAUGAGAACAUUGAGAAACUGAUUGUUGGAAUGUUUGCAGUUUUGAUGAGUUAUCUUGCUCGUCGUCUUUACAAAAAUUAUAAUCCUUUUGGUAAGGAUAGUCAGCAUCAAGUACGACAGGGAAGAUAUAUUGCAGGAAGAUAUCCGUCUGCUAUUGUUCCUGUUUCAAGAAGUUUUGACUGGGAAAAUGAAAAUCCCAGAAAAUACCGCCCUUAUAAACCAGGGCCAUAUUUUAUGACUAUGGGCCUCAGAGCACUGGAUCCUAAUGACUGGCUGUUACUAGAGAAUACAUAUAAGGACAUCACAAAAGCUAGGGCCGAAAUCGUAGAGAACCACCGUGAUAAUACGGUAUUGACUAAUCCUUUGGCUAUUGAGGCUGUUGACGAAACAUACGAUAUGUUUGUCAAUUACAUCACCAAGAAGUUUCCUAAAUACUUCUACACCACCAGAAGACGACCUGGAUACAUCUAUAAUGCUAUCAAGAAAGAUUAUAUCCCAAGCACUUCUGAACAGUAUGACAAAGAUUUCGAAGAGUCUAUUCCUGAUAAGAAGGAACGCAUGGAUAGUAAGAUCCGUCUGUUGGCUAAACACUUUGAGGAGGAUUUCCUGAUAUUGAUCUAUGACGAGAAGACCCAGCAGUACUAUCUUCGUGCUGGAUCUUUUGCAUUCCCCUCGGGAUUUAAUCCAGCUGAGAAGUUGAAUCUCGCUUUGAAAGAUAUCCAUGGACCGGUUCCUCUUUAUAAAGAGAAGAUUGAGAACGCCAUGGAUAGGUUUUUCCACAAGAUUGAGGUUGGAAAGUGGGUCCAACGAUAUAACUGGUCUAUCCAGGGACAUACUAAUCUGUAUGCUCCCACUCUCAACCAUGCCAAGAAAGGUGCCAAGCUCAAGGCCAUUAAUCCUGACGAGCUCGACUUCGACAAGGUAUUCCUCCGAGUCGAAAGACAGGUCUUGACCCGUUUACCCAAUACCAAGCAUCUCCUCUUCACCAUCCGCACAUACGUCACACCGCUAUCUCAAAUCCGCGAAGAAGACCGUGCGUUAGAACUUGUCGAGGCUAUAGACAACCUCCCUGACAACGUUGCCCACUAUAAGAAGAGAGACGAGUGGGGACCCGCUGUUAAGGCUUAUCUCCAACGUGAAUCUGACGGUAUCAAGAAAAAGUAG